AUGACGAGUCUCUGCGAGGUCUGCGCCUCAGAGCCCUCCAAGUACCGGUGCCCUACCUGUGAGCUAAUGAGUUGCUCUCUCGCGUGUACUCGGACACACAAAAUAUAUUGCGCACCCAAGGCGCCCAAGGACUUCGAAGAUGCUACCGAUACGCUGCCGCAAUCCAGUGAAGCACAUGGACAUGAAGCCAGCUACGAGAGCCAGCCUGUGCGGAAUGGACAUGACUUAACACCCCAAGGGUUGUCGACACGGAUUAAAGACGUUUUGGAACGGUAUCCGCCACUCCGCGAUCAACUCCGAGAUAUAUACACGGCUACUUUGGAGGAGCAAUGGGUUGAGGGGCCGGCUUACAAGGACAGACCGCGUCAUUUUGGGAGAGGCAAACAACCCCCGCGGAGUCAUGGGCCGUGGACCAGGGAAAAGGGCUUCAAGAGAGGUCUGGGCAAGGUCCGAAAAUACCGGGGUCAAUGUGAUGAUGGUUCAGAGACCGGCAAAGUUGCUGAGGGCUUCAUGCGGCUCUUAACUCUCGUCAACGAGGGCCAGUUGCAGGAACAUCAAUGA